AUGGGAAACGAAAAACUUCAUCAAACACAAUACAUUGGUCUCUACGAUCGAAUUCGCAAUAAUACGUUAAGUAUUGUAUUUCUUUUUGCCAGUUGCUUAUUAUUCAGUAUUAUGAUUGCUUUAAUACCUUCAUUAAUAUCUUUAUAUUUACCUAAUCAUGAUAUUCAAGUGAUUCGUUCUAAUGAUAAUGCAACUGAUCUAUGGUUAAUACGAUAUGUGACAAAUUUAACAAGUUUUCAUCAUAUUUCCACUCGUGCCAUUUCUUCCCCAUAUGACAAAUCAAGUUUAGGCAGAUCAUUUUCUGCAGCCUUAAACGUUCCUUCAAGUACAAUAUUGAUUAAGACAGCUGUGCUUAUUUCAUUUAGUGGUUCUUCUGCACAUCGUAAACGUCGACAAGAAACAACAACAAUAGCAAGUACUUCAUCUUCACCUAUUUAUCUCGAUGUCGUUUUACAAGCUGUAUAUCCGCAUAAAUGCUUUCAUGUUAGCCAAUGCCAAAAAUUAUUUCGAAAACGAAUUCUAUCUCAAUUUUUAAAUCUUCAAUCUUAUAUUCUCACUGCAGAAUUGUCCGAUGGAAAUAGCCUUACUCUUCAACUUCAGUUGAUAAGUCUAACUCAAUAUUAUGAUCUUUUGCAUUCAUUUCACGUCCAAGCUCCAGUGAUCACUCUGUAUCGUUUUGGUGGACGAUAUCUAUCUGAACUUGAGGUUUUUAUAACCAUUUCCUAUGGUUAUCUGCUUCAUGUUCGUUCCACUAUUCGGUUUUUCCUUUUGAUCUUGAAUUAUCUACCUGAUAUUAAAAGUUCGAGAACAUUUUCUGGAAAAAAAACACCAACGCGAGACGAUUUAAUUCUCGAGUCGGCGAUGAAGCCACGACGGCCUGGGAAAAUUUUGAUCAGCGUUGGAGUCGAAGCCAUUUUACCAAGCUCUGAUGAAUCAACGACAACGAUAAGUACAGUUAAUUCACAGCAGACCAGUACUCUAGAAUCUAAUAAUAUAACCUCUGGAGUUAUCUUAACUGUAACAUCUACGAGCACCGCUGGAGCUACCACGAUUGGGACCACAACCACUACAACUACGACGACCACAACCACUUUAUGUGUACCAUCUUCGGGAACAUCGUGGCAGCAAAGUGCUAUUACCAUAUUUGGUAAUUCAUCUGGUGUCAGUGGUUCUGAUCUUCUGCAUCUCAAUACGCCAAUUGGUCUAUAUUACGAUAAAGCUAAUAAUGUUUUUAUCACCAGUGAUUUUCAAAACCAUCGUAUUCUCAAAUUUUCUUUUACUAAUCCAUCUUCAGCAGGAACAGUAAUUGCUGGAGAUGGUAAUACUGGAUGUACUCCAACAAAUUUAAGGACUCCUGUUGGAGUAGCUUUAGAUAAUUCUAGUCAAUUGUAUGUAGCAGAAGUAACAUGUAGCCGUCUUAUUAGAUUUCCAGCAAACUCAAAUUCAUCAACAGGAGGGACAGAUCUUAGUACAUCGUUAAAUCAUCCUCAGCAAUUACUUCUAGAUGCACAAAAUAAUGAUAUAUACGUGGCUAGUGGUGACGAUCACGUGAUUUAUAAGCUUGCUGGCGGCACUGGAUCACCCGCUGUUGUAGCAGGCACAUCUGGUAGCCCAGGUAGCGCCUUAAACCAGCUUAGAAAUCCCAAUGGAGUCUAUUUCGAUUACUUAUAUACAAAUUCUUUAUAUGUGGCUGAUGCUGGUAAUAAUCGUGUGUUGAAAUUUCCACCAAAUUCAGUGACAGGAACAUCUGGAACAAUUGUGGCUGGAGGUAACAAUGCUGGAUCUGCAGCAAAUCAGCUAAGUAAUCCAAGAGUAAUAUUGGUGGAUAGCACUGGAGCUGUCUAUGUAUCUGAUGGAGGUAACAAUCGUAUUCAACGAUGGGCAGCAGGUGCUGCUAAUGGUGUUACAAUCGUCGGCUCAGCGUCAGGAACAUCGGGAACAGCAUCGAAUCUUCUAAGUUUCCCUGAGUCAUUUCUUUUUGAUGCAAAUGGUAAUAUGAUCGUUGUGGAUAGACUUAACAAUCGAAUUCAGAUGUUCAAUGUAACAACAUGCUAG